AACAUGCAAUGCAUGGAAACUCGGAUGCUGCGAACGAGAAGAGGAGUUCUAUGAGCCUUGACCAAAACCAUCAACAAAAACAUUUUCCCUGGUAAAAUUUGCGCUAUUUUUAGUUUCAGUCAGGGUCUGUAUGUGCUUUCCUCUCUUCAGGCACCCCCACCUGUCUGACCAGCGUUCAGACCGGUGUAUAAGUAGUAGCCCACAGAUUCCCUUCGCAGUGACGCCUGUUUAUCAGAUUUCUUUGCCUGGUCGCUGUACUUCAGCAGAGAUGGACAAACACAAUGCGCCAAACCUGACGGGACAAAACAUCCCUGCUGGUCGCUGUCAAAACAACUGAGACACCUUCAACUUCAAGAACCUAAAGAAUUCAUUUUUUUCUUUGCCUUCCAUCUUCCUGAGGUAAACUUUUCCUCUCCGCGGCUCUCCUGGUUCCCUUGCCCUCUCUGGGUGAAAUCACAGCGGGAUUUCUAUGAAGCGACGCCUCGGGUGACGAGACUUUGUUGGGGAUUUUGCUCUGUUUCCAGAGGGACAUCAUGUGGACUCCCACGGAAGACGAGAAAAUCGGUGUUGUCAUCUGUAAUUUCCGAGGCUCAGUGACUCAGGGUUUGGCUCUAGAGUUGGGGGAGACAGUGCAGAUCUUGGAACAUUUUGAAGGAUGGUACAGAGGAUUCUCAACAAGGAAGCCGAACGUCAAGGGAGUUUUUCCUGCCAGCUACAUUCACUUGAAGAAAGCCAUUGUUACCAACAGGGGACCUCAUGAGACUGUGGUGCCUCUGGAAGAUCCAAUUGUCACUGAGGUGACAUUAACUCUUCAGGAAUGGGCUUUACUAUGGAAGCAACUCUAUGUGAAACACAAAGUGGAUCUGUUCUACAAGGUCCGACACGUUAUGAUGGAGCUGAUUGACUUGAGGAGGCAGCUGCUUUCUGGUCACCUCACACAGGACCAGAGCAGAGACGUCAAGAGACACAUCACUGUCAGACUCGACUGGGGCAACGAACACUUGGGUUUGGACUUGGUCCCAAGGAAGGAGUUUGAGAUGGUUGAUGAAGACCAGAUAAGUGUCUCAGAUUUGUAUAAAAUGCAUCUGUCCAGCAGACACAGCGUCCAGCAGAGCACCACACAGGGCGAGAAUAGCCGGCAGAGACACGGAGAACCAUGCAGGGUUCCGGUACCACACCACCUACUGGUCAAUCUGAAGAGCUUCACCUACAACAGCAUAGGAGAGGACACAGACAUAUUUUUCUCUCUCUAUGAUCUGAGGGAGGGAAAGACCAUCAGCGAGAAGUUCAUGGUGAGAUUAAACAAGAACGGAGGACCAAAGAAUCCAGAGAAGGUGGACAAGCUGUGUGCACUGUUCACGGAUUUGAGCAACAAAGACAUGAAGAGAGAACUCUACAUCGUCUCACAAGUUAUUCGGACAGGUCGCAUGCUGCUGAACGACAGUAAGAAAGGGCCGCCACAUGUUCAAUAUCGCAGACCGUACGGCUGCGCUGUUCUGGCCAUGAGCGACGUGCUGCAGAUCAUCUCAGAACUCAAAGAGGAGAAAGACUUUGUUCUUAAAGUUUACACGUGUAACAAUGAGAACGAAUGGUACCAGAUCCAUGAAAACAUCAUCCGGAAGUCAAGCACCAAAUACACAGCGCCCAGCACCAACUAUGGACUGAUCAUCUCCCUGCAGCUGCUCAGAGGUGACAUGGAGCAGGUCCGCAGAGAAAACCCUCUCAUUUUUAGCAGGGGGGUAGCCAUCACUCGGAAACUGGGAUUCCCAGAUGUCAUCAUGCCAGGUGACAUCCGUAAUGAUCUGUACUUGACUCUGGAGCGUGGAGACUUUGAGAGGGGAGGGAAAAGUGUUCAGAAAAACAUUGAAGUGACCAUGUAUGUCAUCUACGCAGAUGGGGAAGUGCUGAAGGACUGCAUCAGUCUGGGUUCAGGGGAGCCCAACAUCCCAGAGUAUCGUUCUUUCGUCCUCUACCACAACAACAGUCCUCGCUGGAGUGAAGUGAUCAAACUGCCGAUUCCCAUUGAUCGUUUCAGAGGGUCCCACCUCCGCUUUGAGUUCAGACAUUGCUCAACAAAAGAUAAAGGAGAGAAAAAACUUUAUGGCUUUGCCUUCACCCCUCUUAUGAGAGAGGAUGGAACUACUUUAUCUGACGAGAGCCAUGAGCUCUAUGUCUACAAGUGUGAUGAGAACACAACCUUCAGUAACCACGCCCUCUACCUUGGCCUUCCAUGCUGUAAGGACGACUUCAACAGCUGUCCCAACAUCCCAUCCAGCCUCAUCUUCCAGAGAAGUGCCAAGGAGACAUUCUGGAUCGCCACGCAGCUUUCCUCCACCAAGCUCACUCAGAAUGUGGACCUCUUGGCUCUCCUUAAGUGGAAGGCCCAUCCUGACCGGGUCAUGGACAUCCUUGGGCGUCUGCGACAUGUCAGUGGUGAAGAAAUAGUCAAGUUUCUUCAGGAUAUUCUGGACACGUUAUUCUCCAUCUUGGAUGAUAACACAGACAAAUAUGGACCCCUUGUGUUCCAGUCACUGGUUUUUAUCAUUAACUUGCUCAGGGACAGUAAAUACUACCACUUCAGGCCAGUCAUGGACACAUAUAUUCAGAAACACUUUGCAGGAGCUCUGGCCUACAAAGAGCUGAUUCGCUGUCUGAAGUGGUACAUGGACCGCUCUGCUGAGGUGGUCAGACAGGACCACAUUCAGGAAGCAAUGAGGGCUCUGGAGUAUCUGUUCAAGUUCAUCAUCCAGUCUCGGAUCCUUUACUCCCGGGCCACCUGCGGGAUGGAGGAGGAACAGUUUCGAACCAGCAUCCAGGAACUCUUUCAGUCCAUUCGCUUCGUCCUCAGCUUGGACAGCCGCAACUCAGAGACCCUCAUAUUCACUCAGGGCUCCCAGCCUUGCCCCGGCCCCAAUCAGACUCCAGGCCCCUGCGUUGGGCCUGCAGGCCCCUUAGCUCUAGUCUCUGCCCUGGGUCAGAUCCAGGCCCCUGUCCCAGGGCAGGUUCCUGUUGGUGGGCCAUCUAGCUGCUCUCAGGCCUGGAGCUCCAACGCUCUGCGGCCGCCUUCGCUGUCAGCGGCACUCUUAAACUCCUUCCCUGCCAUCUUUGAUGAGCUGCUGCAGAUGUUCACGGUGCAGGAGGUGGCAGAGUUUGUGCGUGGGACGUUGGGCAGCAUGCCAUCAACGGUGCAUAUUGGGCAAUCGAUGGAUGUGGUGAAGCUGCAGUCCAUCGCUCGAACUGUAGACAGCAGACUCUUUUCUUUCCCUGAGUCUCGAAGGAUUCUGCUUCCAGUCGUCCUGCAUCACAUCCAUCUUCAUCUGCGGCAACAGAAAGAACUUCUCAUCUGUUCAGGGAUACUCAGCUCCAUUUUCUCCAUUAUCAAGAGCAGCUCACUGGACACGUCGGUGCAGGAAGAGGUGGAGAUGAUGGUGGAAUCUCUGCUGGACGUCCUCCUGCAGACACUUCUGUCCAUCAUGAGCAAGAGCCAAUCGCAGGAGGCGGUAAGGGGUCAACGCUGUCCGCAGUGCACCGCGGAGAUCACUGGAGAGUACGUUUCAUGCCUCCUCUCGCUUCUCCGCCAGAUGACUGAUAUCCACUUUCAACACUUGAUGGAGAAUUUUCAGAGCAAGGACGAGCUCAAGGAGUUUUUGUUGAAGAUUUUGUGUGUGUUUAGAAAUCUGAUGAAGCUCAGUAUUUUUCCUCGUGACUGGAACAUCAUGAGGCUGCUUACCAGCAACAUCAUCCUUACCACAGCUCAACAACUCGCUCCUGCUCUGCACAAGAACUUUGCUGAAACAGACUUUGACUUCAAGGUGUGGAACUCCUACUUCAGUUUGGCCGUUCUCUACAUCAACCAGCCGAGUUUACAGCUGGAGAACCUGAGUCCUGCCAAGAGGAAGAAGAUCUUAGACAAGUAUGGCGACAUGAGAGUUAUGAUGACCUAUGAACUUUUCAACAUGUGGCAGAACUUGGGAGAGAAUAAGAUCCAUUUCAUUCCUGGGAUGAUCGGACCGUUCCUCGGAGUGACGCUGGUCCCUCAGGUGGAGGUGAGGAACAUCAUGAUCCCGAUCUUUCAUGACAUGAUGGACUGGGAGCAGCGCAAAAAUGGAAACUUCAAACAGGUGGAAGCUGAACUAAUUGACAAGUUGGACAGUUUGGUGUCGGAGGGAAAGGGCGACGAGAACUACAGAGAGCUGUUCGGUUUGCUAACCCAGCUGUUUGGGCCCUAUCCCAGUCUGUUGGAGAAGAUUGAGCAGGAGACUUGGAGAGAGACAGGAAUCUCAUUUGUUACAUCUGUCACGCGGUUAAUGGAGCGACUGCUGGACUACCGGGACUGUAUGAAAGGAGAUGAAACAGAAAACAAGAAGAUUGGCUGCACAGUGAACCUUCUUAAUUUCUACAAGUCUGAAAUCAACAAAGAGGAGAUGUACAUCCGUUACAUCCACAAACUGUGUGACAUGCAUCUGCAGGCUGAGAACUACACUGAGGCUGCAUUCACCCUGCUGUUGUACUGGGAGCUGCUGCACUGGGAUGAACGGCCAGUUAAAGAGUUCCUGCAUUAUCCUGCUCAGACUGAGUGGCACCGAAAGGAAGGACUCUGCCGCAAAGUCAUCCACUAUUUCAACAAGGGAAAGUGUUGGGAGUACGGUAUUCCUCUGUGCAGAGAACUGGCCUUCCAGUAUGAAUCUCUCUACGACUACCAGAGUCUUAGCUGGAUACGAAAAAUGGAGGCGGCAUAUUACGAUAACAUCAUGGAGCAGCAGCGUCUGGAGCCGGAGUUCUUCAGGGUGGGAUUCUACGGCAGGAAGUUUCCAUUCUUCCUCCGAAACAAAGAGUUUGUCUGCCGUGGCCAUGACUAUGAGAGGUUAGAAGCCUUCCAGCAAAGGAUGCUGGGAGAAUUCCCACAAGCUAUUGCAAUGCAGCAUCCUAAUCAGCCAGAUGAAGCCAUUCUGCAGUGUGAUGCACAGUACCUCCAGAUCUACGCUGUGACACCGGUUCCAGAAAGCAUCACUGUCCUUCAGAUGGACAGAGUUCCAGACCGGAUCAAGAGUUUCUACAGGGUGAACAACGUUCGGCGAUUUCGUUACGACCGGCCGUUCCACAAAGGACCCAAAGACAGAGAUAAUGAGUUUAAGAGUCUCUGGAUUGAAAGGACGACUCUGAUCCUCACUCAUCCUCUGCCUGGAAUUUCACGAUGGUUUGAGGUUGACAAACGAGAACUGGUGGAGGUGAGUCCACUGGAAAACGCCAUCUCUGUGGUGGAAAAUAAGAACCAGGAGCUGCGGACUCUGAUCAGUCAGUACCAACACAAGCAGCUGCAUGGAAACAUCAACCUGCUCAGCAUGACGCUGAACGGCGUCAUCGACGCCGCCGUGAACGGAGGCAUCGCCAGAUAUCAAGAGGCGUUCUUUGAUAAGGAGUACAUCACCAGUCAUCCUGAAGACACAGAGAAGAUCACACAACUCAAAGACCUCAUGCAGGAGCAGGUUCACAUACUAGGGGUGGGCUUGGCUGUGCAUGAGAAGCUGGUGCACCCAGAAAUGCGUCCCUUGCACAAGAAGCUGAUCGAUCAGUUCCAGAUGAUGAGGAGCAGCCUCUGCCAUGGCCCACCUGGUUUUGAUAAGUCUGGUUCUGGAGUCAACAGAGGGAUCCUGGCCUCUCACAACCCGAUGAGCCCAGAGAGCUUCAAACUCGUGCACCGACACAGUCCCAUUGCUGUUUUGACUCCGGUUCGCAUUUCCUCCCCUUCUCUCUCCUCUAACUCCAGUGAGGCAGGAAACCUGCUGAUCCUGGCUGACGGCAUGGUGGUGGAGCACCCAGAGGAUUUCUAUCGCAUGCAGGCCAGUCCCUCCUCUUCCAGUCUUAGCUCCACCCACUCUGCGCCAUCUCAGAUGAUAAACUCCACCCCGUCCACAAUGAGAGUGGGUUCUCCUUCUCUGCCAGACAAAUACAGACACAACAGAGAGAUGCUGAUGCUGCUGCCGCCCCACAGAGAGAGGCCGAGCAGCGCCAUGUACUCCAACAUCACAGAGAAUGGACAGCCACCAAACUUUCAGAGAGCCUUGUUUCAUCAGGUGAUCGGUCCCUGUAAGCCCUGCAGUGACCCCAACCUCUCGGUGGCUGAGAAAGUCCUGACCACUCCCAGCAGCUGGAGUUUGGACAGCGGCACCAGGGAGGCCCUGCCUUUCCUUUCCUCCCAUGUUGGCAGUGUGAUGGCUCCACCGGUUCCACCCCGCAACGUUCCUCAUGGGCAACACCUGUCGAUGCACUUUGAUGCUUUCCACCACCAGGUCAGCGACCUCCCUCCAGCUCUCCCUGCGCGCUCCUUAAGAAAGUCUCCCCUGCACCCUAUACCUGCCUCGCCCACCAGUCCGCAGUCCGUCCUGGAUGGCAGUAACUCCACACUCUCAGGCAGCGCCAGCUCGGGGGUCUCCUCCCUCAGUGAGAGCAACUUUGGUGGCGCCACCUCUUCCUCAGACCCCCCGGCCAGCCGCACAGACACCUUGGAGUCCGUCCCCAGCAGCCAGGCCUGGACCACCGACCAGGAAGACUCGGACUCUCCUUAUCAGCCUGUUAGAUACAGCAUGUCUGAGCCAGACGUCCUGGAGGGAGUCAAAUCGCCCCCUUGCCGCAGCAACUCGGCCCCAGGAGGAGUCAACCCGGUCCAGAUUGGCUACCAGAUCCAGCCUCAGGCUGCAGGCUUGGGCUGCACUGGAGCUCCACAACCAGAUGGGCUGCAGCAGCAGCAACACCAGUUUUACCACCAUCACUUCCACCCUCACUACAUUCCCCACAAUCCACCUCUCUACCAUCUCCAUGAGCCCCCUCCUGCCCUGCCGCCUAAACCUUACCUCAGAGAGGGCUGCAUCCCUGAGGAGGACCCCCUGAUCGCCCAAUCCGGACCGCCGCGCCCAGCUGUACCUCGGCCGAUGCCGCGCAAGAUCUCCCAGCCCAUAAUAGCAGCAACCAAGGAUGAACAAGCUAAGGUGGCGUGGGAGCACGGCAUUAGUGAGGAGUGAGGCCAGGCGAUGGCUUGGAGAAACAGAACAGGAACUUCUUGUUGAAUAUAAACAUGAGAGCAGGAGCUGAAACAUUUGAAUACUCCUCAGAGUAUGGCUCAGCCAUCAGUUCUGUACUGAUGGCUCAGCUGAUCUGCUUUCUUUCAGACUCUGCUCUGCGCAGUGACUCAUCCUCAAUAUCUGAACUUUUUCUUUUCGUCUCACUUCAUCACUGCAUUAACUGAAAUAGCUUUCAUUCUUCAUCCAUCAGGAUCAAAACCAAGUGACACUUCCAAAUGCUGCCGGUUCCUAAAACUGCACAGAUGUCAUUUUAUUUGGUUUUCCUUUAGAAACCAAAAUCAUUAGCACUCCAUUCUAAUGACGGGAAUUUCACAGAAGUUAAAUUUUUUUAUACCUCAUUGUGAUAAUGUUAAGUGAAUGGCACUUUAAAAGAGGGACAUAACCAUAAGAUUUAAGAAAUAUUUUAAUUAUAGUAUAUAAUAGACAAUAACAAAAUGCAAACAGUUUUGCAGAGAACCAGAUAAAAAAAUUACAACAUUUAAAGAUUCAAUUCUUUUUUUUAGAAGCUUAAAACAACGAGCCCAACAAACUGAAUCAGUAAUUGAUCUGGUACAUUUAAUGAGGGUCUUGAUGGUAUUUUUCCAGUUGUGAGAGUGUUAAAAUAAAAGGGUUUAUAAAGUUACUAAAUAUAUAAUUUAUAUUUCAAGUUUAUACUUUUGUUUAAAGGUCAAGUUGAUGUAGAAAUAUGCAAGAUGUUGGGUUUCUGAGUCCAAAGUAGCUGUUUGAUAAAUGUGUGUUUGUUUGAAAGGUGGAGAAAAGCUCCACACACACAGACUGUGUGUUUGUUGUGUUUCUCGCAGCUUAACGUUAAGCUGUGAGGAUGCAGUGGAUUUGUUAUGUUUUAGCUAAAGAUGGUUCUGAAGUUAAACUUGUAAAUAUGUGUCUAGUUUUAUGUGCAGGGACAUUUAUAAAAAAUGACAGUUAUUGUUAUGAAAAUAACAACUGGAUCUUUUUUUAAAUCAGGGUAAUGUUUGUAUGCAUGUUUGUUUUCUGACAGCUGAAACUGGAACAGAGAUAAAUACCUUGAAAGCACUCCAGAAAUACUGAGGCUCAUGUUGUUCAGAAAAUGCAACCAUUAAAGUCAGUAUUUUUUUUUUUUUUUUGCUGAUAAAUGAUCAUAUUUGCUUGUAUCUUUAUUUGUUACAUAUUGUUAAAGUCACAGAAAUGACCUUAUUUCACUUGGUUUUACUUUAAGUUCCAGACCUUAACCAUUUUUUGCCUGAUGCUGGAUCAUAUUUUCUCUGCCAUUUGCGUUGAAUCAAACCUGUCAAUAUGUUUUUACUUUCACUCAAUGCCACCAUCUCACUACUGUAAAUAGUUCAUUUUAACACAGAGAUGUUGUGAACAAAUAUCCUGUAUUUUAGGCUUUGCUGUUUAAGUUAAGGACUCCAGUGUUGGAAAUAAAUCAGUAUGUUAUGUGACAGAUGUUGGCGACUCUGCCAUCAGUUUUUAAAAUGUCCUGCUUCUGUUGCUGCUGUUUACACUGAUGUAAAUGCUCCAGAAUCCUGCAUGUUGUGUUCACUGACUCAAACUCAAUGAAUUACAGUUAUAAUGACCAGUUUAA